AAGUCAUUCUAAAUUCUAACUAUAGCUACUUGCUUGGCUAUUUCCACCAACCUUCCAAGAACCUUCUUCUUUUCCCAUAUAAAUUCCCAAAUCCUCUCAUUCUACUUUUCAUUCAUCUAAACUUGCUUUUUCACUUCAACAUUUUCUUAUACACCAACAUAACAUAUCCAAACAGGUCCUAGAUUCUUGAUCAAAAUGGCUUCCAAACGUCUUUUUGAUGAUUCUGAUCAAGACAAACACAAACGUAUCAGAACUUCAACAACACCUUCUUUAGCUUCUGUAAUGGGAGAAAUUGUUAUGGUGAGAAAUAUGCAAAAUCUUUUCUCUGGCUUGGAACCAUUACUUAGAAGAGUGGUGAACGAAGAAGUGGAACGAGCAAUGAGGCAAUGUUAUACAUCGCGGUCAAUAACAAAGUCGCCUUCAUUGAGACUUGAAGCAAUGGAACAUCCAUCAAGUUUUCAAUUCAAUUUCAAAAAGAAGCUUCCACUUUCAAUAUUCACAGGUAGUAGAUUACUAGACAUGGAUGAAAACUCAAUCAAUGUCAUUCUUGUUGACAAAAGCAAUGGCCAAAAUGUUCCUACGAGUCUACCUCACCCAAUCAAGAUAGAAAUUGUUGUUCUUGAUGGAGACUUUCCAUCUAGUGAAAAGGAAUCAUCAUGGACUAGUGAAGAAUUCAAUAGUAAUAUUGUGAAAGAAAGAACCGGGAAGAGACCAUUGCUUACCGGAGAAUUGAAUCUUACUAUGAGAGACGGAAUUGCACCGAUUGGAGACAUUGAGUUCACCGAUAAUUCAAGCUGGAUUCGUAGCAGAAAGUUUAGACUUGGCGUUAGAAUUGCUCAAGGGACUAAUCAAAAUGUUCGAAUUCGUGAAGGCAUGACCGAACCUUUUGUUGUUAAAGAUCAUCGCGGAGAAUUGUACAAGAAACACCACCCACCAAGUCUAAAUGAUAAAGUGUGGCGUUUAGAGAAGAUUGGAAAAGACGGAGCUUUUCACAAAAAAUUGACUACAGCAAAAAUCACAACAGUUCAAGAGUUUCUCAAAUUAUCUGUAGUUGAUCCUCAGAGACUCAGAAAGAUAUUAGGCAUUGGAAUGUCAGAGAAAAUGUGGGAUGCAACAAUGAAACAUGCAAAGACUUGUGUCAUGGGAAACAAACUUUAUGUCUACCGUGGUCCUCAGCUUACCAUUUAUCUGAAUGCCAUAUGUCAAAUGGUUAGAGCUUAUAACAUCAAUGGCCAAACCAUUCCCAACAGAGACAUUAGCAACAUCAACAAGCAGAACUACAUGCAAAAUUAUGUGAGAGAAGCAUAUGAUAGAUGGAAUGAGUUGGAGGAAAUUGAUGAAGCUUUGAAUGAUAAUGUUGCUUUGUUAACUCAAGGUGAAAGUGUGGAAAAAUUUCAAAACAUUAAUCAUCAAGCAUCAUAUGAGCAGAAUGACUUUUUUGUUGAUAAAUCUGGUUGCAUAGAAUGGUCACCAUUUGCCACGUCAUCGUUGGUGAAUGGAAUAGCUUAUAGCUUCUCGGGAGCAAUCAUUGAUGAUGGAACCUUAAGGUGGCAUUAGAAGAAAAAAAAUUGUAAUUUGACUUUCAUAUAUAAAAGUGACUAGUUGAGAUGAAAUUGAAAGAGCAGUGUUUUGUGAGAUAUAAUAUGUCAAGUGAAAGAAAAUAGUACUUAAUUAUAAUGACUUGAAGGUUGGUUUUAACUUUUAUUAUUCUUAAUAAAUGGAAAAGCUGUCUAUUACUAAAAAAAUAUAUAGAAGUCUUGUAUAAUUUUUCUUGGUAACUUAGGCCUUAUACAAAUUCUAAAACACAUAAUAGAAAUAUAAUGUGUGUGCAAUUGGUACACUACAUGAUCUAUCCUACAUGUGUGGAGUUGUUGGGAUUGCUUGAUUCACAAGUUAGUGGAUAUAAGAAAAGAAUGAUAAAGUUUAACGAGGUACAAGAUGUAAUUAUGGAAAGAGGAUUGAUAUUAAUGACCUAGAUGAAUUACAACUAUAGGUGAGGGUUUAAAUAGAGAGAAAAAUAAUUAAUUAGUUUGUAAUAAUUUAUCUGUGUUGCAAGUCACUUACUUCCAUCAUAAUCAA